AUGGCUCAAGUGUUUAACAAUUCCCGUUCAGAUACAUUGUUUCUAGGUGGUGAAAAGAUCAGCGGUGACGAUAUUCGUAACCAAAAUGUUCUUGCCGCAUUAGCAGUUGCCAAUGUCGUUAAAUCAUCUUUAGGGCCUGUUGGUUUGGAUAAGAUGCUAGUGGAUGACAUUGGUGAUUUUACUGUUACUAACGAUGGUGCCACUAUCUUGUCAUUAUUAGAUGUGCAACAUCCAGCAGGGAAAAUCUUGGUCGAAUUAGCACAACAACAAGAUAGAGAAAUUGGUGAUGGUACUACAAGUGUCGUUAUAAUUGCUUCAGAAUUAUUAAGAAAGGCCAACGAAUUGGUCAAGAAUAAGAUUCAUCCAACCACUAUCAUUACUGGUUUUAGAGUUGCACUAAGAGAAGCUAUCCGUUUCAUUAACGAGGUUCUUUCAUUGGAUGUAGAUACUUUAGGAAAAGAAACUUUAAUUAACAUUGCUAAGACCAGUAUGUCAUCUAAGAUCAUUGGUUCAGAUUCUGAAUUUUUCAGUAAUAUGGUUGUGGACUCUUUACUUGCCGUGAAGACUCAAAAUUCCAAAGGUGAAAUCAAAUAUCCAGUUAAAGCUGUGAAUAUCUUAAAGGCUCACGGUAAAUCGGCUAAAGAAUCUAUAUUAGUGGAUGGUUAUGCUUUGAAUUGUACUGUUGCUUCUCAAGCUAUGCCCAGACGUAUUGCUGGUGGUAACGUUAAGAUUGCAUGUCUUGAUUUGAAUUUACAAAAGGCACGUAUGGCUAUGGGUGUUCAAAUCAAUAUUGAAGAUCCAGAACAAUUAGAAGAGAUUCGUAAGCGUGAAGCAGGAAUUGUCCUUGAAAGGGUUCAAAAAAUUAUUGAUUCAGGCGCACAGGUUGUUCUAACGACUAAAGGUAUUGAUGAUUUAUGUUUGAAAGAAUUUGUGGAAGCUAAGAUUAUGGCCGUCAGACGUUGUAAAAAGGAGGAUUUAAGAAGGAUUGCCAGAGCUACAGGAGCUACCUUAGUCAACUCUAUGUCAAACUUGGAAGGUGACGAAACUUUUGAACCAAGUUAUCUAGGUACAUGUGAAGAAGCUGUUCAAUCUAAAUACUCAGAUGAUGAAUGUAUCUUAAUCAAGGGUACAUCCAAGCAUUCUUCUUCAUCUAUUAUCUUACGUGGUCCUAACGAUUAUUCUCUAGAUGAAAUGGAACGUUCCAUCCAUGAUUCAUUAUGUGUCGUUAAGAGAACAUUAGAAAGUGGACAUGUUGUCCCAGGUGGUGGUUGUGUCGAAACUGCAUUGAAUAUAUACCUUGAUAAUUUUGCUACCACUGUUGGUUCCCGUGAACAAUUGGCCAUUGCGGAAUUUGCUGCUGCCUUAUUGGUUAUCCCAAAGACUCUUGCAGUGAAUGCCGCUAAGGAUUCUAGUGAAUUGAUUGCCAAACUAAGAUCAUACCAUGCAGCCAGCCAACUUGCCAAGCCCGAAGAUACGAAGAAGAAGAAUUAUAAGAACUACGGUCUGGAUCUAAUUAAGGGUAAAGUUGUAGAUGAAGUACAUGCAGGUGUCUUGGAACCAACCAUAAGUAAAAUCAAAUCUUUGAAAUCUGCAUUAGAAGCUUGUAUCGCCAUCUUAAGAAUCGACACCAUGAUCACGGUGGAUCCUGAGCCACCAAAGGAGGACCCUCAUGGCCAUUAA